AUGGCCCCCUUCAGAGACAACGUCUCUGAAAUCCUCCGUCCUCUGCGCCGCUGUCUCGGACGCUCAAAUGAAGCCCUCGGUCCGCUCCUCUUGGAUUCGACAAAGAAGAUGCUGCUAUUGUUUCAUCUCACCCGAGACAUGCCCGCCCUAUGGAGGAGGCGGUUGACGGUCAUCGCGAUGAGCAUCCUCGACUUUGGAUGGGUCGUCAUUAUCUACCUCCUGAGCGAGCUCAUCAUCUGGGGUCUCAGUCGGGCUUUGGCUCCUGCGCACCUCGAGUUCUUUUCUUCCAUCUUCGGUAUGGCUUUGACCUUUGUUCUCAUGGCCGUGGCCUAUCUCUGCUCCCCGUGCGUCGACGAGAUAUACCAGAAGCACAUCAAAGCAAAGAUAGACUUCAUAAACGUCCACUUGGGCUUAGGUUUCCCGAUCCCUUUGGUCAUGCUCAACCAGAACGACAUCCUCGGCCACGACAUUGCCUGCAUCAUCGGCAACUUUGUUGUGAGCAACCUUGUUUCUUGGACCACCGUCUUUGCUGUCUCGCUCCUCGUCAUGUCGUUGGCGACUUCUCGCAUCCCUGACGACUUUUGCAUCCCCAGCCCUCUCGCAACGACUCCCCCGCGGGUCGAAAUCAGCUGGCUCUCCUCCGACUCGACCGUGGAUCAGAUAUCCCGAUCCGCUGGUAGCAACCAUGAAAAGAACAUCGGCUGCUCAACGCCGGGGCAUGAAACAGGACAAUCUCUUGCAGCCAGUCGAAGGUCGUCGGUUCUUAGGCCUAUCGACGAAUGUGUGGACAACUCCUCAGUUUGGCGCUUUUGGACCUCCAACUUUCACCUCCUUGCUUCGUUCUUCGGCAUCUUUGUCGUCGGCGCCCCUAUUGCAGCCGCUGCCAACGAAGAUCGCGUCCUUGACGGCUGCGUCCUUUGGUUCGUCUGGGCCUUGACCCUCUGGCUUCAACGACAGUUAAACACAUCAAGAUACUGCAACGACUUACCCAAGUUGAAGAACACUCUCGUCACUCUCAUGAAUCCCGUUUUGCUCACGACUUUGCUCAUGACGGCAUACACGCGUGGCAAAGCCGGCGCCUACGGUCCCGACAGCUUGCCCCGAGUGUUGAGCAUCUUCAGCAGCGGCACGCCACUCUAUUCUCUCUGGACUUCCAUCGCGACAAACACACCCCUUCCAGGAAACCACUCUCCGUGGUUUGGUGCUGGAGAUGCUGCGCUCUCCAUCCUCGAGUGCGGUAUCUUGAUCUGGGGCUUCAAGCUGUACGAGUGCCAGCGUCAGCUCUUCAGUGUGGCCGGUCUUCUCACAAUCUUGGUGGCCACGGCAGCGGCAGCAGGAAACGUCUUUUUGUCGGUUCUCGCGGGCAAAACGCUGGGGUUGGAUGGCCCCGAAGCACUGGCGUUUGCGGCACGAAGCACGACUCUUGCUCUGGCGAAACCAGCAAUGACAGCAUUGGGUGGCAAUCCAGGUGUAAACGCGGCUCUCGUGGUGAGCAACGGUAUUCUCGGCCAACUUUGCUAUCCGUUCGUGCUGGAUAAGCUAGGGGUGAAGCGAAAAGACGACGACACCUCUUCUCGAGAAGGUCUGCCUGCGUCAGAGAGCAAAAGCUCAUUCCGAAGUCUCAAAUCCCUCCUCAACACGACACAGCAACAACUAGCCAGUGGUGACGACCCCAUCACAAUCGCCGCAGGCAUAACCGUCGGCAUCAACGGCGCAGCCAUGGGCGUAUCCUACCUGUACGAGACUAAAAGUCGAGCAGCGCCAUAUGCAGCCUUGGCCAUGACAGUGUCUGGAGUCAUGACGGUGGUUUUCACAACCGUCGAGCCCUUCAAAGACGUGGUGUUGAGUCUGGCAAGCUAG